AUGGCAAGAGCCCUUGUUUGGUGCGCCUGUAGCCGUUGCUCUUUAUCUGACCGUGGUCAACUCCAACAGUUAAGACUUACUCGCCAAAGGCAUCUAGAUGCUGACCGGCGCCAACACGAGCAUCUGCGCAUGCGGGAGACAGAUGAGCAGCGGGGCUCCCCCAUCCUCGCAUCACCCAGGAACACACCAUCCCCCGAAUUAGCUGGAUUGCACCCAGACCCAGCUAUUAAUGACUAUGUGCAAGAACCUCAACAUGAUGUCGAGAUCGGGUACCGGAUGGAAGUAGAAGAUCAAUACGACGGCAACGAUGACGACGACAACGAUUGGGAAGGCGGCAAUUAUGAAAGGGAAGGUGACGUGCACGUCAGCUCGGAUGAUGAAGAAAACGCUUAUCGGGUAUACCUGCCCCAAGAAGAUGCUGUCGAGGAGGAAGAUGGUGACGAAGGACAUUCUGAUGAGGAGCGAGAUCUCGAUGAGGGUGCGGACAUCGUCAACGACCCUGCGUUCAAUGCGGGCAAUGGUUUUGACGAGAACGAGGAUCGCUUACAACAGGAUGACGAAGAAGAACUAUUGUUCGAUGAAGCACCUGCCUUUAGCGAGCACUCCGCUAUUAGGAAUGCAUACGUGCGUGCGUACAUUGCAUCUGCGUUCAAAGGUGCCUCGCACGAUGUUUCACGCAUCAUUCUCGACGGGGUCGCGCGUAGUGUUGUGCGGGCCGGGCUUGGGCCUGUGGCCCAGGGCUGGGCCUGGGCUUGA